AUGUCGUCAAUCGGCUACCAAGGUUUACUCUACAGAGUUAGCCAAAGGCUGAAGGACGUGACUAAGAUUAAUCAACUUCUUCAUACUUCUAGCAAUGCAAGAUUAAUCUCUGAAAACAGUGAAUCGUUCAACAUUCAAGUCAAUGAAGGGGACAACACUGCGACUACCUUAAUGAAGCUUUUUUCAGAUUUGGACGAAAGCGACAAUUUGGGACUUGACAACCUGGAGACACUGAGAGAUCUUUUAACGGAAGUAAAGGAGUGGUCCCUUGUCGACGAAGUUGAUAAAUUCGCGAGGCAAAGAAAAGAUUUCAACGCUCUUUUAGAAACGUUUAUUCCUAAACUUGAAGAGCUCGACAACCUGGAGCAACUGCUGUCUCUGUGCGAGGAUCACAUCUCAGACGAUGCUAAGGAGGAGAUCAAAGACGUUCGUGCGUUGCUUAAAGAACUACAGAAAAAGAACCGCCUAGGUUUUACGCGACUCGCUGUUCUGAGGAAGAUUUUAAACGAGACAGGACAGCAGGAGCUGUUAGAUUUGUUAACAGACUUUGAGAAGAAGUGGAAAGAGGAGGAGAAAGCAGAGAGAAGGAGAGGUAUGAUUCUUCCCUACCAUACAAACACUUCAACAUUUUACUGCUAUUAUUCUUCAAGCUAUCAUUUAUUAACACACACAUUGAAUGUGUUGCAUAGUAAAUCUAGCUCAUCCGUGUAACAAUCCUUACAAUUAAUUCAAGAUUCUGACUCAGUCGGAUUUAAGUAAUAAAAGCGGACUAUGAGUAAACCGUGUACUUUAAUAUUUAUGCCGCCUAGUUUAUACGAGUCCGAUGUCGUAAAAUACGGAAAUGAAAGGCAGCUAUAGUAAACACAUAAUGUUGCUGACAGAAUUCAGUUAUUAUUUUCGAAGUAUGUUACAGUGCUCAAAAUAUAGUGGGGCGGGUAAAGGAACCAGAACAUGCCAUGGAUGCGUGACCCGACGCUAACCUAUAUGCUAAUUGCACACCAAGCUCACGCGAGCGUUAAAAAGUCAACCGACGCUUCAUAGGAUACCAGAAUGUUGUUUAACGGGUUUAAAUUUUCAUGCAUUACUUUUUUGUUUUGUUUUUUCUACAAUUUCUGAAAUUAGGAAAUCGUUGCCUUUCAUAGGACUUUAGACAAAACUCCCAGGCUGCUCAACGAAGCGUUUCAUUGCAUUUACCAAAGAGGCAAAUUCGUCGGAAAUUUUGGACCUUUGGAUUGGACUGCGAAUAGAAGAUUUUGUACCAAAUUUGUGUGCCUAAUCUUACCCGGUUCAAAUUUCUUGCCCAUGACGUCAUGAUGUUUGUAAAGGUAAUAGCAUGAUUUGCAGUGAUAUUUGGCAUAAAAACCACGAGUGAUAUUUCGAAAUUGUUAUAUGUAAUUUCACGAGCUGUCAGGCGAGUGAAAUUUGAGACAAUUUCGAGAUAUCACGAGUGUUAUUUAUGCCAAAUAUCACGUACAAAUCAUGCUAUUAUUUGUUUAUACUACUACCCACAAAAGGUUUGUAAUUUUCACAUGUAGGUGUUUCAAAUUAAGCUGAAAUACCACUGCUCUAAGCCAAUCAAAUUGCAGAAAUUUCUCAUGUAGUAGUAUAUAAGCUGAACAAUUUAUGCAGGGCGAUUACCCAUGGCAAGAGACUGAGCCUAUCUUGUUCCCGCUGUUACAAUUCGGGAGAUACAAAAAGCUCGAAAUUGCUUUGAAGUCGUGCUACGUAUUCGUAGUUGAAUUUGUCAGUCCCCAUUCAUAGUUCAGGUAUACUAAACACAAGAGUCACAAGAGAAAAUACGCUUGUCGAGUGGAGGAGAACAAUUUCUGUCCGUCUUUUCCAAGGAUUCUUAGCUCUCAGUCUUUCAAAAAGAGGUGAGCGAGCGACAGGGCUCGCUUAAUUGUGCCGUUCAUACUAGGAGAAAGAGGUUUCUGGAAACCCUUAGAUUCUCCCCUGGAUAAAUCCUGGUUAAAAAAACCUGUCUACAAUGGAAAGGUGUUUGUAACGAGAGGUACGAAUAUAUUUAAUAUAGUAUAUCUGUUUAAGCUGGCUCACAUCUUAUUGCGUAGAUCCUUGGACGCUUUUAUUUUUAGGGUCAUUUAGGAAACGAACAUUAAAAAAUACUUUAUGUAUUCCUUAAUUCACCCAAUAAUGUGCUUUGGUUCCUGAUUUGUAGAUUGGAGAAGGGAUGUUGUGAACACGGUGAUAGUAGGUAAGCGUUUACAAACCAUAGACUGCGAGAAAUCUCAACACAGUGAUUGGGCUCGCAUGAACAACGGCGGAACUUUACCCGAUUAGUAGCACGAAGAACCCAGGACUAUAUUGCUAUCCCUUGAAUGAGAUGCGAUAGGAGGUCAAAAGUGUUGGGACCUUUUCAGUGACAUUAGUAAAACUAACUACCCCUCCCCUUCCACCCCAAACAAAGGUGAAUUUUGAGCACCAUGGGUGAAAAUGACUGCUUUUUUUGGCCCCAAUAUUGCUAGGGGAGGGGGGAGUAGGGGGGACGACAGGAUGAACCCAAAGCCCAUCAAACAAAUGUCAUUAGUUGCAGAGUCCUACGUAACAAUUACUUGGAAGGGCUUUUUCACACAGUCCCAAGUUGUUUUGUCCUCCAUUGUGGGUUACUCUCAGCAGAAUGCCGUCUGUACUCAUUUAUACACCUUAACCUGUUUUUCAAAGGAUGGAUAGAGUUAGCAAAGGAUAAAUCACUAUCCUCCGGAUAAGUAUUAGUGAAACCAAUUGAGGUAUCCACUGGACACUGAUUUAUCCGCUUGAUAGCGCUAUCCACCUUUGAAACAACUGAGCCUCGGUCACAGUCUCUAUCCAUUCUGUAGAUAACGCAGUUCAUUUUUGAAAUCAUUUAUCCUGCGGAUAGUGAUUUAUCUAGUGAAUAUUGCCAUCCAACCUUUGAAGACCUACAUAUCCGAAGUCUAAGUUAUUAACUGCUCAGUCACCACGCCUGUAUCCAACCAUAGUGGGGUCAUAUUUUUUGCUUCGGCCUCUAUGAAAUGGAUAUUUUCCCACCGAUCGCGACACGACUCCUAAAAGUGUUAACACUUUCGUUUCAUACAUUAUUGUGCCUCACGGCGUCUGAAGGAAUCUUGUAAGUCAACAACGUAGUUGUGACAAUGAAUUGUGUCGUAACACAAAGAAUGACCGCUAUUUAGACCCUGCCCGCUCAUCACAUGUGUGAAGUUUGUGCAUAGAUGAAUCUUUUUUAUGCUUCUUUGCCAUGUUAGUUGACCAAGUCGCUUUUUUCUCUUUUAAAAUUUCAGCUCCUACUACAGCCGUGUGCUCAACAGUUAAAAACACUUGGGAACAAUUUAUUGGAGGUAAGUAAGUAUUAGGCCCCGUACGUCCACACAUAUCCGGAUAUUUUUAAAAAAAUACGGGUCCACACGUGGCGUAUUCCAAUCGUUUUCGCCCGUCCUCCGAUGCAAACGCUAAAACGAUGGAAAUACGGUAUAGCAUCGCUCACAGAGAAAGCUUAAUGCUAGUGGUAUAUAUGAUGUAUGACAUCAUCGUAUUCGAAAAUCUCCGUUCUCGUCCGUGCACACGUAGACGUAGCCUGCGAUCAUGCCCUCUCCCUUUAUCUCUGUAAUCUGUUUUCGGGAGGAGGGCAUGAUACAUUUCUUCCCAGAUAACAGGCAAAAAAGCGAGAAUCUGGACUUUUUUCUGAUUGGAUAGGAAACAAUAUGGAUGAUUUGCGCUGUUCCGAUCGGCCAAAAUGGAGCUAUCCGUUAGUUGUUGUUGAUUUCUGUCUGCACUUUUGCUUGCGUAAUGAGCAGUGAAUACACACGCGAGUUCGUUUUGAAAUUUCUACCGGCUCAUUUUUGUUGAAUUUGAAGAAUCGCCAAAUAGAAAUUUCACCCAUUGAAAUAUUUUCCAUCUCAUCGUAUACUAAAUAGUUGCAGUCAAAAAUUCACCGAUCAUUUGAAUGCAAUUUGAUACCGGCUACAAGUUACAGAAGCGACAAAAGGGUUCACUUUUCAAAUAACCAAUUCGUGAAUAGAAUCGGCUUGACCUGGUUUGACUGUAAUUCCUCCUUCAGAAACCUGCUAAUUAUUCUUUCGGCACAGAACGGUCAACGAAGUUUUACCAGUAAAUUCUUUAUUAUUUGUAGCUGUUAAAUAAAGGUACGGCAGCUCCAGCUAGCAGUAUUUCAUCACAAAAAAGAAAAAACACACACUUUUAAUUUUUUUUUUUUUAGGAAGCGCCAUGUGAACAUGGACGUAAUUAAAAGUAAAAAGAGACAUCAUUCGCCCUAAAAUUUGAUUCCCGUCUGGUAAACGCUGAUUGGCUAAUAACAUGAUAGGUCAAGCAGACGUUAGUUUAUGUAAAUUAGGGGGCGGUUGACGGCUUGUUAAUUAAUGUAUCAGGCGCAGCCUCGUUCCCAGUCGUCCUCGGCGAUUUCGGAUGUGACGUCACCUGUCAAGCUUGUUGGGAAUAUUCGCCUAGGACGCCUGGCAAAUAAUGGCAAAUCCAAAAUGGCGGCGUCAAGCCAAGAAUGCGACUUCAGCCAAGAUUCUUGAAGAAAUGAACAAAAGCUUCGGAAUAGGUUGGGAUUCUUUAAUCAACGUUUGCCAUCAAAUACAUAGAGAUGUUGGAGAAAUUUCUUUCAAGGAAUCGUUCCGCGUGUACACCUGUUAUUAUCGUAGUUCAGUAAUUUCGAGUUUUGAUUGUAUCAAAAAAUAUGGAUUUAAUUCAGCCCAACAAAUCGUCCCAUCUCAGGAGUGUGUUCCAUUGCCUAUCGGGAAUGAGUUAAACCAUGUUGAAGUUCGUGAAAGAUGUGUCAUCGAAUUAGCUCUGUACUCAGCAUAUUAUCUAGCGGAUGAAAAACUUGUUAAUCGAAUCGCAGCACUGCGCGCGUUGCAAUUCAAGAGAGACUUCUAGGCUAGGUGUCGUCCUAAACGAUAGUGCAUCAACAACCUCGUCCCCAGGGUCUUCUCGCUUUCCAAUAUGGCGGCGGCGGGAGAGAAGACCCUGGCACACAGCAGAAAUCACGUGACUGAUUUGUCCACGGAGAGUGGAAAUUUAUUCAAAAUGGCGGCCAAGAUAAAGAGUGAGAGGAUCUGGGUACGAGGUCUUGAGACUGGUGCAACCUCGUCCCCAGGGUCUUCUCGCUUUCCAAUAUGGCGGCGGCAGGAGAGAAGACCCUGGCACACAGUAGAAAUCACGUGACUGAUUUGUCCACGGAGAGUGGAAAUUUAUUCAAAAUGGCGGCAAAGAUAAAGAGUGAGAGGAUCUGGGUACGAGGUCUCGAGACUGGUGAAAAACAAACAAAAUGGCGGCAAAGGCAAACUCAAAAGAAGCUAAAAAUAUGAAAGAAUGCACUUACAAGCCACAGGAAUACGGUAGAAUGAUAUAGCGAUCUUAUUUUCUGUUCAAUGACCUUCAUUUGUUUUAAGCCUGAACGUUCUGUAGCGUACACGGCACUCGAUACCGACCUUUUUUCACUGUUUACUUUUUUUGCCCACCCUGAGUGCCAGAGGUUCAGUUCACUUUUUUCGUGAAAGGGAGAGCUUUUUCUAACCGUGAGCGCAAUUUAUUUCAUCUUAGGAAUUUCGAGAACAGACCUCAGAAGCCAGGGAAUUUUUUGUCAUGACGCUCUAAAACCUCUUCCGUUCCGAAAUUCAACUAAGCAUUAACUUAAGUCGCGGACACUUUAAGCUGAUAAGUUUUCGUCAGUUUUGUUACAGAUCUUCCUGAGGUUUUUGACUAUUGUUUUUCUGUCUGCACUCAUUUUAACUGAACUCUGAUAUGUAAAAAAACAAUUUUUUUUUCUCAAAACAAGAACCGGAGAACACUAUUUUGUUAAGACAAUUCAAGGAAACUUUGGUUGAAAAUUAAACAGUUCCUUUUCAGUUUGGAUAUUUUGUCACUUGAUCUGGUGCAGGUAAUAAAAUUAUUGUCAAUCUUCAUCUACCUUAGAGUUUUUAGACUUUCUUAUUGGCUUUGAUACCUAACCCUGUUCACAAUGCUUCUGGG